CUAAAAAUAUUGGGCGGUUGACUUGCCUUCAAACAUUGCAAUUUUUUUGUGUGGGUCCAGAUGAAGGUUAUCGGAUUAAAGAAUUGGGAUGUUUGAAGAAUCUCAGAGGAGAAAUAAAAAUAAGGAAUCUAGGGUACGUGGACGGUGAGGAAGAAGCCAAAAGUGCAAAAUUAAAAGAAAAGGAAAUAUUCAACUUGGGAUUAUACUGGGAUCAGGGUUCUGAUAAAGAUGAAAAGGUGUUGGAAGGCCUCUAUCCUCACCCAAAUUUGAAAAGCUUAACAAUCAAAUCCUAUAGCGGAAAGAAAUUCCCAGCGGGUUGUUGGUUUGUCUUCGCUAUAUCACAAUUUGAUUGAGAUCAAUUUGAGAUAUUGUAUGGAAUGUGAAGAAGUUCCCACUCUGGGGCAAUUACCCUGUCUUAGGGUUCUUGAAAUAAUAGGAAUGGGGAAGGUAAGAUGUAUAGGAAGUGAGUAUAACUUUUACAGUGAUGGAAGUUACAGAAAUACUACUACAUUAUUUCCGGCAUUGAGAAUACUCAAAUUGGAGGGGAUGAAAACCCUAGAAGAGUGGAAGGAUGCAAAGGAGUUGACAACCGCAGAUGAGGUGUUGUUGGUGUUUCCUUGCCUUGAGGAGUUGACCCUUAGAAGUUGUUAUAAACUGAGAGAUUUGCCAGAAUCACUGCACACCUGCGUUUCCCUUCAAAAGUUGGUAGUACAGGAUUGUCAUAAGCUAAGGUCAUUGCCAGGUGUCCCAUCCAUAAUAAGGUGUGGUAUUGAAGACCUACACAGUGGGUUACAGUGUGUUGAAUAUUUGGAGAAUGGUUAUUGUCGUCUGCCUUCUUCUUCUACCUCCUCCAUUCACCCCUCCCUCCAAAAGCUAAAGCUCAAAUUGUAUUCUCUCAACUCUCUCUUGGUCCUGGACCAAAUUCAAUAUUUCAUUGCCCUUAAAAUUCUGUGGAUAGAGGGAUCUUAUCAGAUGGCAGCUUUGCCAGAGUGGUUGGGCAAUCUUUCCUCUCUUCAAUGGCUGUGUAUUGUGAGUUGCUGGAAUUUGGUGCAUCUGCCCACCGAGGAAACCAUGCGACGCCUCACCCAAUUGAAAACGCUGAUCAUUUAUGAAUGCCCCAAAUUUGAAGACAAUGAGCGGAUCAAGAUUAGCCACGUUCCAUGGGUUAAAAUCAAUCAGGAGGAGCCAUAUUGCUCUGAUUUCAAACAGCAAGAAGUUUGCUUCUAAUUUACUUGAUGACAACCGAUGCCAAGUUGCACUCCCUGCAUUGAAAAUUUCGCAAUACUAAAGUUGUUGUGCAUGGGAGAGGAGGAUUCUAGAAAAAUUUUCUACAAGACCAGAUACUUUCAAGCCAAAAUUGGAAGGUUGUUUCAACUCCAAUUUUGAUGAAAUUUCCUAAUGAAAAGAGCUUCGUGUUGACUGGUGACUGGUGUUGUUACUUGAAAUUCCUCUCCAUUUGCUUGAAUGCUAAAGCCCACUUGGUGGGAUCUUUUCUUCUUUUUAUUAUUGUUGGUAUCUUAGUGUGAUGAAUAUUUGUUGUAAUCCAAGAAUGACAUGUUUUUGUUUUCUUUGUAGCCGAUAACGUUUGUUUUAGAGAAGAUUGUUGUAAACUCAUAUUCUAUAGUGGAAGAUUUUACUGGACUAGGUCCCGUGGUUUUUUCCUUCUCAUUGAAGGGUUUUCCACGUAAAAA